AUGGAAGCAUCCCAGCGGCCAACAAAAAGGAUGGAGUCGAGAUGCACCCCGGCGACGGCGCGGGCGACACUCGCAUUCGAGAUCACUAGGUACAGUCUGCAUAAGGGCAUGGGCAAGGAAAAAUUCAUCCAGUCAACCCCUGUCUCUGUUGGCGGGCACGAGUGGUGCAUCCGCUACUACCCUGACGGACAAAAAAACGUGGAGGACCACAUCUCAGUCUUCCUCGAGCUCCUGGGAAACGGCCCCAAGGUACGCGCGUUCUUCGACUUGAGGUUGGUCAACCAGGAAAACGGGCUGUCGUCAACGGUGAAGUCCUGCUUGGAAUCACCGGUGGAGUUCGACACACUUACUAAACGUUGUCUUUGGGGACAUUCCAAUUUCAAGAGGAUGAGCGAGCUAGAGCAGUCGGCUUACCUCCAGGGUGACCGUCUCGUAAUCGAGUGCGACCUCACCGUGAUCAAGGAGGAACCAAUCGUUGCCGAGACUCCCAUAGCCGUGGAGCUUCCGAUGCCAUCCUCAGACCUGUCAGACAAUUUUGGAAAACUCCUAGAGACAGCCGAGGAAGCAGACGUGACAUUCGACGUUCAAGGGAAGCUUUUCCCCGCGCAUAGGAUUGUGCUUGCGACGAGAUCGCCAGUGUUCAAAGCGGAGCUCUAUGGACCGAUGAGGGACCAGCGGACACAGAACGUAAUAGUCCAAGACAUGCAGCCUGCUGUUUUCAGAGCAUUGCUUCGCUUCAUCUACACGGAUUCACUGCCCUCCAUGGACGAUCUUGAUGGUGAUGAGAGCAAGGAAAUGGUCAAGCACUUACUUGUGGCCGCGGAUCGGUAUGCCAUGGAAAGGAUGAAGACUGAAUGUGAAAGCAUACUUUGCACAAGUCUUGAUGUCGAGACCGUGGCAACCAUGUUGGCUCUAGCUGACCAGCAUCACUGCAGCAAGCUCAAAGAAGCUUGUGUUGAGUUUAUCAUGUCAUCAAAUAGGAUGGAUGAUGUGUUGGCGAGCCAGGGGUAUGUGCACUUGAAAAAGUCAUGCCCUGCUGUCUUAGUAGAUAUAUUUGAGUGGGUAACAAAAUCUCUCAAAAUUAGGUGUACUCAUCCCGGGUUAACUUCACAAUAG